UGGGAGGAGGAGGAGACAGUGAGAUGAGGACCAAUUAAGACUUGAGGAACACCACCCUUCCCCCAGGAGUUGGACUACGAACUCGGGUUUCCUGGUGUCAACGCAGCACCUCGCCACGAGGCCAGGGCUCUGCUGUCCUGGGAACAUGUCGUCUGGGGCAGAAGAGCCAGCUCUAGGGCUCACACAGGUUGUCGGUGGCUUUGUCUUUCAAAGCUGGCCUCUACCUGCCCUGUGGUAUUUUGGUGUAACGCAGCCAAUCUGCCAGAUGACCUUGUUUACAUGUGGCUUAAGGGCUUCACUAGAAAUCCUCUUUUCCAGGAUGAAAGAUGCAUAGAGAGGGAAAAUAAAAAAUCCCAAUGUUUUUCAGCACGUCUGUGCAUCUGGGGAAACCUCUCCUCCCAAACUGCAAUGUCCUCUCCUCCUGGAGAUAUGCCAAGUCCAGCCUGCUUGUUCCUCGCCAGGGGCUACAGCAAGGCUUAACGAUGCUGCAACAGGCAUCGCACUCCAGACCUCAUUUUCCCUUGGCAAGAUGACGGCCCCUCUACAGGCAUCCAAGGCAUGGAGUCAUGGCACAGCUAGAACCAGAUGCAGUUGGCAAGCCAAGAGCCCAGCGCUGCUGAAGAAUCAGCUCCUGUGGGGUCAGGGGAAGAACAGAACAAAACCUUCUCCUCUCCAGACGUCCCACCACUGCCUGCAGAUGUAGACCCCCUGCCAGGCGUGGGCAUGUUCAACCUGCUGCUAGACUUGAGGCCUUUCUUGCCCUGGAUGCUCAGUCCUCUCACCAUCCACUGUGCUCAGCUGCAGAUAGGACUGCUCAGCACCACUGAAAAGCGGCUAAAUAGAGAUUUUCAUGCUGAUGUUAAGACAGCCAGUGUGCAAACCUCUGCUACAUCUUCUGAGGGUGGAAAAUGGACUGAAGAAGUGAAAGAGAAGGUGUCACUCCAGUCUCAUGCCAGAAGAGCUGUUUUGUGUUUCUGUGGUGACACAUGGAUCCCAAUCUUACCGGGAAGCAGCAGAAUGGGCACCCCAGGACCUGGUCUGAUGAGUGGGGGUGCCCCGAGCUCUCCCCCGUCACUGGCACGACAGACCUGGCUCUGCUUCAGCCUCCCCGCUCUCAGAUUAGCCUGUGAGCUGCUACGAGGGACGUGGGCCAGUGCAAACUUGCAGGCUGAGCCCUGCACUGGCACUGGAUGCCGGCACGCUUGGUCCUUCCGUUUCUGUGACAGGGGCAAGGACCUUGCCAGCUGCUCGGUGAGAUUUGGUGGGGGGUCAUCUGCCAGAGCCCCCAGACAGAUGGGGAGGGUCAAAGGUACAGCUAGCCUCACACCAAGCUGCCCGCAGCAAUCCGGAUAUUAACAGUAUUGCAACACCAGUUAGAAGAAUUUGAAGGGUCAAAUUCCUUCAGAGCGUAACAUUGUUGAACUCGGUCAGUUCAGACCUCCAGUGAAUUUGGAGCAAGGUUUUGGAAGGCUGAUACCUUAACACAGACCUGUUUAAAGGAGUUAAUGUGUAACCGGCUACAAACCAUCUGGAGCAGACAGAUGGCCUGCCCUGUUUCGGCAGCUGGUUUUGGCAGCUGGGACCCUGUGCAGUUCUCAGUGAUGCUGAUGUGAAUCCAGAAGAAAGCAGUGGAGAGGGGGAAAGGACUGCAGUUCCUUGCAUCAUCUGUAGAGCAGAAUUAGGCCUUUUUCCAGCAGAUUUCCAGCAGGAUGACUACCCAGGGCUUUCUCUAGAUAUGUAUGUCCAUAUUCUGAAACGCAGCCAACAUCCCGCUACUAAAAUAAACCCCACAAAUGUACCGUGUCUGGAACCAUUGCGAUUAAGAGCUACCAAAUAAAAAAAAUUGUCAGAACACAAUCGAUUUAUGUCAAAUGCUCAACUGUUUGAAGAGUGUCCCUUUCUUUUAAGAGACCUUGCAGCUGGCUGAUGUCCAGAUACCGUGGAAAAUCCACUCCCCUCUGUGCACCAUGGAGUUCAGAAUACAGCUAAAUUAAAAACUAAA